AUGUCAGCGGAGCCUCCAAGACAUGUUGUUCCUUCACGGAAGAAGGAGCCGUAUGUAGCAGUAUCGUGUCCAUACACAGACUGCAGGGUCACGAUUGAAUAUCUUCCUCCGGGCCCAGAAACGGCCGCGGCACUGCCCGAGUCAGUCUCAACAUUUUCUGUUGCCUGUGUCGAGUGCCAUCGCAAGUUCGACCCUCCAGGUGCUCCAAAAACCUUGCGCGAGGCACGCAAGAAGGCAAAUGGGUAUGGCGGUCGAGGUGCUACACACAAGCGGCGCAUUGGAACCGAUGAGCGCCCCUUGGACAUGUCUUUUUAUGAUAUGCUGGGUGUGCCUGCACAAGCGUCUGUGGAAGAAAUCAAGAAAGCAUACCGCAGACUUGCGAUCAAAUUGCACCCUGAUAAGAAUCCUGAUGAUGUUGAGGGCGAGGAAAAAUUCAAAGCGCUCGCAACCGCGUACCAAGUGCUAUCGGAUGCUGAGCUCCGGCACAAAUACAAUGAGUUUGGCCCAUCGACGCCCGGGCUUAUCAAUGAGGAUGGAAUUGUUGAUCCAGAGCAGAUCUUUGGUGGUCUUUUUGGAGGUGAUCGCUUUCAGGAUAUCAUUGGCACCAUCAGCAUUGGUCGGGAGAUGAAAGAGGCGCUUCAGCAAAACUCUGAGGAACUCGAACGCAACGCCGACGAACAAGGCAGUGAUGUAAAAUCGGAGCAGCUUUCUGCUGAACAAAAAGCUGCGAAAGAAAAAGAAGACGAGCGCCGCGAAAAAGAGAAGGAGCGCGAGCGCGAAAAGCGUGUGUCGCACUUGGCCGAGAAAUUGGAGCGCAAACUGAGCGUCUACACGGAAAGUGUUGCCGUUGGCGGUGACGAAGAACAAUUAGAACAAGUGCGACGGGGCUUCCGCGAAAUGAACAGGCUUGAAGCCGAGGAACUCAAGACAGAAAAUUUUGGCGUGGAACUGUUGCAUACAGUCGGAUUUGUGUACGCAGCCAAAUCGCGUCAUUGUCUAGCGUCUAUGGGCAUGUUUGGCAACAUUAGUGGCAUGUACUACGCGGCAAGUAGCUCUUUCCACACAGUUCGCGAGACUGUAUCCACCGUGCGCGCGGCACUGGAUCUGAAGAGCGUGUUUGAAGAGAUUGCGCGUGCGGAGGAAGAAGGAAUCACAGAAGAGCGCAAAAAGCAGCUCGAGGAUGUUGCUGCGGAAAAGGGCAUGCGCGCACUGUUUAAGAGCGCUAAACUGGAAGUGGAGAGCGUUAUCCGGGAGGUGUCUGAGCGCGUACUGUACAAUACUACCAUUUCCAAAGACACACAGCGUCUCCGCGCUGAAGCAUUAAGCACUCUUGGCGACAUUUAUGCACAAAUACAGCCGGAAAAGGCAGAGUAA